GCCUACAGGAGAAUGCCCUUCGGAUUGUGCAAUGCUCCUGCCACUUUCCAGAGAUGCAUGAUGUCGAUCUUUACUGAUCUUAUUGAGGACAUUAUGGAGGUUUUUAUGGACGAUUUCUCAGUCUACGGUUCUUCAUUUACCGACUGCCUUGCUAAUCUGUGCAAGGUGCUGGAAAGAUGUGAGGAGAAGAACUUGGUGCUAAAUUGGGAGAAGUGCCAUUUCAUGGUGAAAGAUGGCAUUGUUUUGGGUUUCUACAGGAGGUUUAUCAAAGACUUCUCUAUGAUAGCGAGGCCACUCACCCGUCUGCUGUGCAAAGAAGCGAAGUUUGUUUUUGAUGCUGACUGCCUCGCUGCGUUUCAGAUUCUCAAGAAGUCUCUAGUCAGUGCUCCCAUUGUGCAGCCACCAGAUUGGGACUUGCCAUUUGAAAUAAUGUGUGACGCAAGUGAUUACGCGAUUGGAGCUGUUUUGGGGCAGAGAAAAGACAAGAAACUCCAUGUGAUCUAUUAUGCCAGCCGAACGCUUGAUGAUGCUCAAAUCAAGUAUGCUACCACUGAGAAGGAGUUGCUGGCAGUAGUUUAUGCUUUCGAGAAGUUCAGGUCCUAUUUGGUGGGCUCGAAAGUAAUUGUGCACACAGAUCAUGCAGCCUUGAAGUACCUGAUGACGAAAAAAGAUGCUAAACCGAGACUCUUAAGGUGGAUCUUACUGCUACAGGAGUUUGAUAUUGAGAUCAGAGACAAGAGAGGAGCAGAAAAUGGAGUGGCAGAUCAUCUUUCCCGAAUGAGAGUGGAAGCUGAAACACCACUGGAUGAUACAUUACCCGAGGAGAAUGUCUAUGUGAUCACCUUGCUGGAGGAUGAGUAUUUGGAUCAGGCUGAUUGCUGUGUCAUGAGACAAAUUCAGGAUGAUCUCCCAUGGUUUGCAGACUUUGCAAACUACCUAUGUGCUGGAAUUGAACCACCGAACCUGAAGGGGUAUGAGAGGAAGAAGGUAUGGGGAAUUGAUUUUAUGGGCCCUUUCCCAUCUUCUUAUGGAAAUGAGUACAUCCUGGUUGCGGUUGAUUAUGUCUCCAAGUGGGUGGAAGCAGUAGCCAGCAAGACAAAUGACUCUAGUGUUGUCAAGAAAAUGUUCAAGACAGUCAUUUUUCCAAGAUUCGGGAUCCCGAGAGUGGUUAUUAGUGAUGGAGGCUCUCACUUCAUCAACAAGACGUUCGAUAAACUGCUGAAGAAACAUGGAGUAAAGCAUAAGGUAGCUACACCUUAUCAUCCUCAGACAAGUGGGCAGGUUGAAAUAUCGAACCGAGAAAUCAAGGGGAUUUUGGAGAAGGCUGUAGGCAAAACAAGGAAAGACUGGGCUGUGAAGCUUGAUGACGCCUUAUGGGCGUAUAGAACCGCCUACAAGACUCCCUUGGGCACCACUCCUUUUAAUCUGGUCUAUGGAAAGUCUUGUCACCUACCUGUGGAAUUGGAGUACAGUGGUUUUUGGGCAACGAAGUUGAUGAACUUCGACAUUAAAACCGCUGCAGAAAGGAGGAUGGUUCAGUUGAACGAGCUGGACGAGAUUCGGUUGAACGCCUAUGAGAACACCAAAAUCUACAAGGAAAGAACUAAGGCGUGGCAUGACAGAAAGAUAAUCCCGAGAGACUUCGCUGCUGGAGACAAAGUCCUUCUGUUCAACAUAAUGCCUAAGAGACAGAAGAAGGGUGAGCGUGGGAGUUCCUCGGUACAGACUGCUAGGCUCAGCACAAAGGGCAAUUUCCGAAAGACGGAUAGGUCUCAUCCUGCGAAUCGAGAGAUAACCCAGCAGUGGGAUAUACAUGAUGAUGAUUUCUACGAGCAGAUGAGGGGAGUGGAAAUAUGUCCGUCGCGCUUCGCUCACAGAGACACUACAGAUGCAUUGGGGAUAACCGAGGAUAUUGAAGCCUUGUUCGAGAAGAUUGGCCUGGGGUACAUCUUCGAUCUCCACUGUGAUUGCUAUGCUGAUUUGACCAGGCAGUUCCUCGCAUCAGCCCGCCUCUACCAUCCUGACGAGGACAACCCGGUAGCUGAUAAGGCGAUGUUCUCCUUCAUUGUGAACAGGCAGUUCCACUCCAUGACCAUCUUUCAGCUGUGCGACGUCUUUGGGUUCGGGAAAGGACGUCAAUCUUGUGUUCCUGACUUCCCGGAACACAAUGAUUUCUGGAAAUUCAUCGCUUCAGGAAACUUCAUCUCUCGAGAGGCCAAGCAAGCUAGAAUUCGUAGCCCUGUUCUGCGAUAUGCAGUGAGAGUGAUCAGCAGUGUUAUCUAUGGGAAGACAGAACCCGCUGCAGUGACAAAAGAUGAGCUAGCUCUUCUGUUCAUCGGGGCUGGACACCUAUGGCCUCAGGGCGCAGACAUUACCUAUGUUAGCGGGAAGGACAUAAACAUAGGAGCUGUGAUCGCGGAGAAGCUUGCAGUGGUGGAUAAGAAGGGGAUGCAUCAGAACUUUUUCGACAUGAGAGCACUCAUUAGCAGCCACUACCUCACCGGCCCUUGGCGAGGUAGCAUCGACAAGUCAGCCCCUCAUAUCUACCAGUUCCAUGACCCACAAGGGAGAGAGCAAUUUGUCAAACUACCCUAUACCGCCAUCACCGAGCUGACUGAUCCAGGUGCUCUCAUAUUUCUACCACCGCCUGCAUUUCUCUGCGCCAGACCCGCGACACUGAAGAAGAAAGGAGUCGCAUCAUCAUCGACACACCAGCAGGCACCACAUGAUGAUAUAGAGGAGGAGCCUGAAGAUGAGGAAAGUCUUUUCCCCACGGAUUUCACUCCGUAUAUGCUGCCACCAGCACCUCCCGCUACUGCAUCCGCUGCUGAGAUCAACGCUUGGUCCAUCAAGAGCCAUCAAACCAACAACUCCAUACUGCUGAAGAUGUGGAAGGGAAUCUGCAACAUUAAGAAGGGAUGCGCAUCACAGCCAGCUGUUUCUGGAGAUAGCGAUGACGACUCAGGCGCUCACGACACCGCUGCUGGACCUGAGGCAGCGGAGGACUCUGAUGAUGAUGGAGCAUUGGAGAGGCGCUCGAAGAGGCGCACUGACCGCAACGCCUGA